AUGUUCACGGUACUGACCCACCAGCCAUGUGAACAAGCAGGCCUCAAGGCCCUCUACCGGACUCCAGCCAUCAUUACCUUGGUGUUGUUGCUCAUGAGCUUUGUGAUUCUUGUGUCUGUCACACUCAUCCAGAUCCACAAGCAAGAGGUCCUUUCUCCAGGACUGAAGUAUGGAAUCGUGCUGGAUGCCGGGUCUUCCAGAACCACAGUCUACGUGUAUCAGUGGCCUGCAGAAAAGGAGAACAAUACUGGAGUGGUCAGUCAGACCUUCAAAUGUAGCGUGAAAGGCUCUGGGAUCUCCAGCUAUGGGAAUAAUCCCCAAGAAGCCCCCAAAGCCUUUGAAGAUUGUAUGGGAAAAGUCAAGGGGCAGGUUCCAGCCCACCUCCAUGGGUCCACCCGCAUCUACCUGGGAGCCACGGCUGGGAUGCGCCUGCUGAGGUUGCAAAAUGAAACAGCAGCUAAAGAAGUCCUUGCAAGCAUCCAAAGCUACUUCAAGGCCCAGCCCUUUGAUUUUAGGGGUGCUCAAAUCAUUUCUGGGCAAGAGGAAGGGGUAUAUGGAUGGAUUACAGCCAACUAUUUAAUGGGAAAUUUCCUGGAGAAGAACCUGUGGCAUAUGUGGGUGCAUCCACAUGGAGUAGAAACUACAGGUGCCCUGGAUCUAGGUGGUGCCUCCACCCAAAUAUCCUUCGUGGCAGGAGAGAAGGUGGGGCUAAACACCAGCGACUUCGUGCAGGUGUCCCUGUAUGGCUACAUGUAUACACUCUAUACGCACAGCUUCCAGUGCUAUGGCCGGAACGAGGCUGAGAAGAGGUUUCUGGCAAUGCUCUUUCAGAAUUCUACUACCAAAACUGAUCUCACCAACCCCUGUUACCCUCGGAAUUAUAGCACCAACUUCACCAUGGGCCAUCUAUUUGACAGCCUGUGCACAGUGGACGAGAGGCCAGCAAGUUAUAAGCCCGAUGACAUCAUCACUUUUGAAGGAACUGGGGACCCAUCAGUGUGUAGGGAGAAGGUGGCUUCCAUAUUUGACUUCAAAGCUUGCCAUGAACAAGAAGCUUGUUCCUUUGAUAGAGUUUAUCAGCCAAAGGUUAAAGGGCCAUUUGUGGCUUUUGCAGGAUUCUACUACACAGCCAGUGCUUUAAAUCUUUCAGGUAGCUUUUCCCUGGACACCUUCAACUCAAGCACCUGGAAUUUCUGCUCACAGAAUUGGAGUCAGCUCCCUUUCCUGCUCCCCAAAUUUGAUGAGGUGUACGCCCGCUCCUACUGCUUCUCAGCCCACUAUAUCUACCACUUGCUUGUAAAUGGAUACAGAUUCACAGAGGAGACCUGGCCCCAAAUACAUUUUAAAAAAGAAGUGGGGAACAGCAGCAUAGCCUGGUCUCUCGGCUACAUGCUCAGCCUGACCAACCAGAUCCCAGCUGAAAGCCCGCUGAUCCGCCUGCCCAUACAGCCGCCCAUCUUUGUGGGCACUCUUGCCUUCUUCGCAGCGGCGACCUUGCUGUGUCUGGCGUUUCUUGUGUACCUGUGUUCAGUGUACAGAAAAAAGAGGCACUCCGAACAUGCCUUUGACCAUGCAGUGGAUUCUGAGUGA